UGUUAUAUAUAUAUAUAAUUAUAGUUAUAUAUAUUGAAGAUCCUCUCUUUGUUUCAGAUCCUCUCAGUCUUCUUCUUCGCUGUUAUGGAUCUCGUCGGAACUUGACCAGGUGAUAUAUGGGAUUUUGGUUGAUCUAACAUAAGCAUUGAGUGGCUGAUUCUCAGUUCAUUUGAUGCCCGGGAUAUUUGUUUGUAUACUAGCUUUGAUUGAUAAACCCGAGCAAAAUGAUAAUAGUCGUGUUCCAAUGCUGUGCAUAGAUGGCAUUAACUUAGAGUAAGAAAGGAGAUGGUAGAGAGUAACUUUAAUAAAGAAACAGUUGAAUACAUUGAGAUAACUGAUACUCAUAGGGCAAAUCAAGGUUCAGGUCUUCGCAGGGAGCCAUCCUUCUCUCGCUGGGCUGAUAAAGAUGGGACAAUUCAUUUGGAAGGCCGUUCUGAGAAUACUGCUUCUAGCAUAGAAGGUUCUGAUUUUGAGUUGCCUAUGCUUAAUCAGAGUGAGUUAGAAAACCGGUUUGUUGAAGGGAUUAGAUACAGUGAAUUUCCAGAGCAUCGUAUGCACUUGAAUGGUGGAAGUACCAUGGAAGAUCUAAACGGGAAAGAUAGAAACGGGAAAUAUACACCUUUCGAUGUUGAAAAUGAGUGUGUUGGGGAUAUAUCAGCAAAUAUUGGUGUUGAUGGAGCUAGUUCUAUUGUCAGUCCGAAAGCAUCUAGCAACAGUGUUUCUACAGCGGAUGUGUUGAAGACAUUGUUCUUUAUACUUGUGUGGUACACUUUCAGCACAUUUUUGACCUUGUACAACAAAACCUUGUUGGGAGAUGAAUUGGGGAAGUUUCCUGCUCCCUUGUUGAUGAAUACUAUCCACUUCACAUUGCAAGCUUUAUUAUCGAAGGCGAUAACGUGGUAUUGGUCUCAUAGAUUUCAGCCCUCUGUUCCAAUGUCAUAUAGGGAUUACUUUUACAGGGUUGUACCAACGGCUCUUUCAACUGCACUGGACGUUAACCUGAGCAAUGCAUCCCUGGUUUUCAUAUCUGUUACUUUUGCCACAAUGUGUAAAUCUGCAGCUCCAAUAUUUCUUCUCAUAUUUGCUUUUGCACUCAGGUUGGAGUCCCCAAGCUUUAAACUUUUUGGUAUCAUGAUGGUAAUCUCUGUUGGGGUUCUAUUAACAGUUGCAAGGGAGACAGAAUUUGAUUUUUGGGGUUUUGUCUUUGUCAUGCUUGCUGCUGUCAUGUCUGGAUUUCGCUGGUGUAUGACUCAAAUACUUUUGCAGAAAGAAGAAUAUGGUUUGAAAAACCCUCUUACCUUCAUGAGCUAUGUGACACCCAUAAUGGCAGUUGCGACAGCUGUUCUUUCUCUCUUCUUGGAUCCAUGGCAUGAAUUCAGAUAUAACAACUAUUUUAAUAGUUCAUGGCAUCUUGCUCGAACUUCCUUGUUGAUGCUUUUUGGUGGAACUCUAGCAUUCUUUAUGGUUUUAACAGAGUACAUCCUUGUUUCUGUAACCAGUGCAGUGACAGUGACAAUAGCUGGAGUUGUGAAGGAGGCUGUCACCAUAUUGGUUGCGGUGUUUUAUUUCCAUGAUGAGUUUACCUGGUUAAAAGGAGCCGGACUUCUCACGAUAAUGAUCGGAGUCGGUUUAUUCAACUGGUACAAGUACCUAAAGCUGCACAAGGAGUCACCUCCAAGUAAUCCUGCCGCAAAGUAUGUCAUCCUUGAGGAGGAGAUGGAGGAUCAAGAUUAUCAUCUUUAGAGAUUAAACAAUGUCCCGUUCGACGAAACCUAGAGAUACCGAGCAGAGUGUUGCCGCUGGUUUUCAGCUCUCGGGGUUCUACUACUUUGCUCAUCGCCAAUAACGUCGGUGAAACGGUAAUGUUUCCUGCAUUAAUAGAUGUCACAAACACAGUCUUGAUGUUGUACGGUUAAAUAUUAUAGGGGAAAACA